AUGGAAGUAAGUGGGAUCUUCUCCAUGGAAUUGGUAAAGGCAAUGGCAUCAUUCAUGUUAGAGGGGACUUCUCUGGAAGCUCCGUUUGUAAGCAAUGCAUUCACUGCAACUUACGGAAGUGAUGGAAAUAGUCUUGAACUUGGCAAGAGGAAAGAUCCUGAACCGCCGCAUCUAAGCUUUUCAAGCAUAGUUUCUCUGACUGAUAAUUUUUCUUUCGCCAGUAAGAUUGGGAAGGGUGGUUUUGGUCCUGUAUACACGACAGAAGCAUACUUUCUUGAUGUAACUGUAAUUAUAAUUGCAUAUGCUAGUGCAGAUACUAACAAGCGUUUGCAGCUAGACUGGGGAAGACGUUUGCACAUCAUUGAAGGAAUCGCUCAAGGUCUCCUUUAUCUUCACAAGUAUUCUAGAUUUAAAGUCAUCCAUAGAGAUCUAAAGACAAGCAACAUAUUGUUGGACAGCCAUUUUAACCCCAAAAUAUCAGAUUUUGGCAUGGCAAGAAUUUUUGACGAGACUAGUCAAACUAAAACGAAAAGGGUUGUUGGCACUUAG